AUGGCAUUGAACGCUCGUACCGCCUCGAGAGCUCUCAGGAGCGUGAGGCCUUCUGUUGUCAAGCCUCUCGCUUCUAUUCAAGCCCGCGAAUCCUCCCGCAGCUAUGCCUCCUCCUCCGAGCCUGACCUCAAAGAGACCCUUGCGAAGGUCAUUCCCGCGAAGCGCGAGCUGCUCAAGAAAGUCAAGGGCCAUGCGGACAAGAAGAUUGGCGACUUGAAGGUUGAGAACACGUUAGGUGGAAUGAGAGGCUUGAAGGCCAUGGUCUGGGAAGGCUCGGUCCUCGAUGCAAAUGAGGGCAUUCGCUUCCAUGGCCGCACAAUCAAAGACUGCCAGGAAGUCCUCCCGAAGGGCACCAGCGGCACUGAGAUGCUUCCUGAAGCCAUGUUCUGGCUUCUGCUUACCGGCGAGGUCCCCACUACCUCUCAAGUCCGCAAGCUUUCGCGGGAGCUGGCAGAGAAGGCCGCAAUCCCUACCUUUGUCUCCAACAUGCUUGACAACUUCCCCAAGGACCUCCAUCCCAUGACACAGUUCGCUUGCGCCGUGUCCGCGCUGAACUACGAGUCAAAGUUCGCAAAGCUGUACGAACAAGGUCUUAACAAGGCUGAGUACUGGGAGCCAACAUUCGACGAUGUCAUCUCCCUCCUCGCGAAGCUCCCUACCAUUGCCGCCAAGAUCUACCAAAAUGCCUACAAGGGCGGUGGUUCGCUGCCUGCCGAGGUUGACCUGAACCAGGAUUGGUCUUACAACUUCGCUGCUAUGCUGGGCAAGGGCGGCAAGGAGAACGAAGGCUUCCAGGACCUUCUCAGGCUGUACCUUGCGCUUCAUGGUGACCACGAGGGUGGCAAUGUGUCGGCACACGCAACUCACCUCGUCGGUAGCGCCCUCAGCGAUCCCUUCUUGAGUUACAGCGCGGGCCUUCAGGGUUUGGCUGGUCCCCUUCACGGACUUGCCGCUCAAGAGGUGCUCCGUUGGAUCAUUCAGAUGAAGGAGGCAAUCCCCAAUGAUUUCACCGAAAGCCACAUCAAGGAAUACCUUUGGUCAACACUGAAGUCCGGCCGUGUUAUCCCUGGCUAUGGUCACGCCGUUCUCAGAAAGCCGGACCCUCGUUUCCAAGCUCUCAUGGAUUUCGCAUCCGCAAGGCCAGAAAUUGCAAGCGAUCCUGUCUUCCGCCUAGUCAAGGCAAACUCUGAGAUCGCUCCAGCUGUUCUCACGGAGCAUGGAAAAACCAAGAACCCUUUCCCCAACGUCGAUUCUUCCUCGGGCGUUCUUUUCCACUACUACGGCUUCAAGGAGACCCUCUACUAUACCGCAACCUUUGGUGUGAGCCGUGGCCUCGGCCCCCUCGCCCAACUUAUCUGGGACCGCGCCCUGGGCUUGCCCAUCGAAAGGCCCAAGAGCAUCAACCUUGAGGGAAUACUCAAGCAGGUCGGCGGCGCGUGA